AAGGCACUAGCAAGCGCAGCACAGAGAGAGCAAAACGCCAGAGCUCUCGCCAUAGCCAUAGACAGUUGCCACUUUGCCGUGCGCGUGCCAUAUUGAUGACAGCUUUCGGUGCUGUGCAAGUUUGAGCAAUUCGUGCUGGCACCAUGCAGCUGUGGGCAGUCGCAGCAGCAAGCGCAGUACUGCUGCUCGUCGCCCGAAAGGCAAGGGCAGAAGUCAACGAAGCGAGAGCCGCGCGCGCCGCCGAAGAGCUCCUCGCCGAGGAGGAGGUGGAGGACAGACGCCGACGCGUCGACGCGAGCAGUGGGCCGCGCUACUUGGUAGUCGUCGACUUCGAGUGCACCUGCGAGGACCAGGAGGAACCAUACAUACACGAGAUCAUCGAGUUCCCCGCCGUGCUCCUAGACAUGCGGACGAGAAGGGAGGUGCGCCACUUCCACGCAUUUGUAAAACCGACGGAGCGGUCGGUGCUUUCUGAGUUUUGUACUCGCUUGACGGGCAUCGACCAAGCUACUGUUGAUAAAGCCGAGACACUGGAUCGAGUUUUGGUCAAGUUUUGUGGUUGGCUGGACGAGUUUGCGGGAGAGAAUUAUUCAUUAGCUGCGGACUGCCAGAGCGACCUGCGGCAUUUUCUACUCGCGGAAUGUCGCAGGAAGAAGAUACGCGUGCGGGACGCGUGGCGGUCCUGGGUGGAUAUAGGACGGCACCUCAUGGUGCAUUUUGAUUUGAGAAGGCCGGGGAACUUGCAGAUGAAGCUCGCAAAGGUCGGGUUGACCUUUGAAGGGACGCCGCACCGCGGUCUAGAUGAUGCCCGAAAUAUAGGUAGGUUGGCGCUGGCGCUCCAGGAGCGGGGCGUGUCUCUCACAGUGAAUGACGGCUUGAUUAAGCCGCGGCGCCCCGCCGUCACGAAAAAGGAGAAGCGGUUGCGGAGUCGCGAGGAGGAGACCGCGCGGCGGCGUCAAAAGAAGCCUGUUGUUGUGGACUGGUAACAAUGUGUAUCUUA